UUCAUUUCCUGGUUACUCACUGGCUUGUUUUCUGUUAGCUUCUGUAUCUAAAACAACCGCUUUCUUUUAGGUAGUCGUUUCCUGCUAUCAGAGCUGAUGCUCAGGUCCUGGCAGGCAGCAGGAAGAACGAACAGCUCCAUCCAGUAUGGAAGACUUCAGGUGGACAUACCUGCAGCUCUGUAAGGAGGGCGGUGUGGAGCCCCAGGAGAGUGUUGUGGUUCAGCUCCAGGAGAGCAGGGCUGCCCACAGCUCCAGGCUGGACCUGAGUGGACACAGCCUGUCCACUGACACCUGCUGCGUCCUGGCCAAGGCCUUCCAGAAGGACGCUGUCUUCACAGAGGUCUCCCUUAGCGACUGCAUGCUAACAGAAGAAGGCACCAAGAUGCUUUUGGCUGGAUUGUUUCACAACACAUCAGUGAAAUGUCUGGAUCUAAAGGGAAAUAACCUGAGAUCUACGGGAUCUGAGGUUCUGGGCAAGCUGCUGGGAUGUAACAAAACACUGCACAGGCUGGUGUUGGAGUGGAAUGCUCUGGGUGUGUGGGAAGAGUCCUUUUCACUGUUCUGUGACGGGUUGGCCUCCAACAACACUCUGACACACCUGGACCUGCGCAACAAUCAGAUCAACCACCACGGAGCCUCGGAGCUGGCGCUGGCCCUCAGACGCAACAGCACCCUGCAGGAGCUAGACCUGAGGUGGAACAACAUCGGCCUGUUGGGUGGGAGGUCCCUGCUGGAGGCCCUGCAGAAAAACAAGAGCGUAGUUCAGCUCGAGAUGGCAGGAAACAACAUUCCCAGUGACAUUCUCAAAGCUCUGGAGCAGAGCACAGGACACAACUCUGAAAGAGAGUUCACAUUGAGAGACAGUCGCAACAAGACCCAUGUCCUCAGCAAAGAGAUCCAAUCACUGAAGGAGGAAAAGGGUCGCCAGUUCCUCAGCCUGAUGGAGACAAUAGAUAGGCAGAGGGAGGAGAUGGGACGCUCCACCAAGUCAACCUCUGCUCAGAUUGGUCAGCUCCAACAAGCUCUGAAUGAGAGGAAGUCAACAAUCAACUCCCUCACUGCCAAGUUGCAGAUGACAGAAGCAGCUCUGGCCCUCUCAGAGCAGAAAGGCCAGAGUAUGGGUGAGGUGCUGUCUCGCAUGAAGGCUGAGAAAGAAGAGCAGAAAGAGCAGCAGAGUCGACUGAGGAAGAAGCAGGAAGAGGAAAGUUCCCUCAGGGAGGGAAAACUCCACAGAGAGAUCCAGAACCUGAUGGAAACCAACGGCCAACUCAGGAAUAAAGUGGAGGAGCUGGAGUGCAGGUGCAAGUCUCAGCAGCAGCAGAUCUUUGAGCUGAAGCAGGAGCUCACCAACAGCACCGCAGAGCUCAAGAUGCGGCUAACGAAGGCAGAAGAUCGGCUGGAGACAGAGAAGCGGCGGUCCAAGCAAGCCCUGGAGGACAUGGAGACCCUGAGACACAAAGAGGUGGAGAACAUCAGCCGGCAUCUAGAGGAGAAUGAGAGAACUCUGCAGGAACGUAUCUUCAAACUGGAGGCGCAGAGGAUCCAGCUGGAAGAGGAGCUGGGUAAAGCUAAAGCAGCCGUUGUGACUGAGAGGGCCCAGGCAGAGGAGGAACUGGGAAAAGUACGAACUCAAAUGCGCUCAGAGGAGCAGGAGCACGUGUCGACCCUGGAGGAGAAGCUGCGUUCCCUGCGUGCGUCCAUGCAGCAGCUGCAGCUGCACUGCUCCCAGCAGAAACAGAGCAUCUCUGAGCUGCAGGCAAAGACCAGUCACCAGAGCGUGGAGACGGACGGCCUGCGGCACCGGAUAGAGGAGCUUCAGCAGGAUCUGUCUGGAAAAGAGCAGGAGAAGGUGGCUGAGGUGAGCAGGGUAAGAGUGGAGCUGCUGGAGCAGAUUGGACAGCUGGAGGCAGACAGGACGGCACAGGAGGGGCUCAAAGCAAAGAUCAGUGCUCUGGAGAGAGAGAUGAAAGUUCUAACAAAUAAUCACCGUGAAGUGCUUCUUGACAAAGAGAGUGAAAAGUCUUCCCUGUUGGAAAAGCUGCGGCUGAAGGAAGUAGAGAUCCAGCGGAUGAAGGAGGACGAGGCCCAGAGAGCCAGCUACCUGCAGAGCGCCAUCCUCAGCUACGUUCAAGGCUCCCCGCUGGGACACUACAGCAGCCCCAACAAGUAGUGGAACCAGUGGAAUCCCACUCAUGACCAGUGAGCAACACCAGUCACAACACCUCACUGGAACUGACUGGCAGAUUUUAGACGCCAUGAAACGCUGACAUUAGAAGGCAGUGAGAGACGUUUUCAGUAACUUCUCACAGUGCAGCUGUAGCAGCUCUGUUCUUUCUGCUCCACUGCCCUCCAGACUGUAGACAUUAAAUGUCCAGCAGUUUUUGGCCUGAGGUGGUGCUUAUGGAUCCUUAGUGAUCCAUAAGCACCAAGGAUUAAUGGAUCUAGUUCAGGGAUCAGUCCUGAGUUGUGCUCUGUCUGGAGGUUCAGUUUUCAGUGGAACAAGGUUAUGAACAUAAAAACCAGAGAAGGUCUGUCAAACAUCAGCAUUUGUUUGCUGUUUACCCAGAUAUUCACUCAAUUUCACCAAAAUGUGUAUUUAUGUUAAUUAAUGUGUAAAUUCAUGCACAUUCAUGCACAAGGAUUUGAAGAAUAAAGCAAUAUAACUUGUUUUAUUGUUUUAUACUUGUGAAUAUGUAUUAAUUGGUUUUAUUUUGUAACCAGGUUAUUGUGUAUUGCAGACUUCUGCCCAGCUCCCUCUUGAAAAUGAGAUCCAGAUCUCAACAGGGUUUACCUGGUUAAAUAAAGGAAAUAAAUUUAAAAAAUUACUAUACCAAUAAAUAGCUUUUAAUUUAACAUCUGAUGGCUGAAAUCAACCUCACCACUCAGAUCAGUUGUUUGAUCUCAGUUUCUUAUUUUCUGCUAACAGGAUUCAAAAAUGGAAACUUUCCCCUUUGGGUCAGUAAAAGGAAACAGCAGCAGGACACUGCUGGGAAUCUUGAAACCUGUUGUUUCCAGUAAACUACAUCUUUAUUUGUGAGGCAGUGAUGUUUUUUGUUUUGUCUGUUUUCCUGUUAUUUGGUGUGGCUGAUUGUCUAGCGCCGCUGUUAGCACUCGAAUAUGCUCACCAGUUUACAAAUAUGGUUGAAUAUGAGCUCCAUUUUUAGAGGAAGUGAAGCAAGAUGAUCCUCUGAUUGGAUCCUGGAUUCAUUUUUACACAAACUUUGUAUUCUAACUGCAUCUUUAUAUCACAAGAAAAUAUUUUGUAUCAUGUUUUUUCAAAUGUUUUCCAUUUUGUGAUUUCGCAAAAAAAAUAAAAUAAAUGUAUAUUUUCUUCUUUCAUUA